CUCUCCUCCACGAUAAUCUCUCUCUUACUCAUCACUUAGAAUUCUGCUGUGCUCGAAAAUCGCCGAUCGCCGUUCUCCGAUCUCCGAUCUCCGAUCGCCGUUUUCCAUUCUUCUCUUCGAUAUAUCUCAAGAACGCAACACCGAUACAUAUUAUAGUAGAAAGUGAGAGAUGUAUAACGGAAUUGGAUUGCAAACUCCGAGGGGUUCGGGAACGAACGGUUAUAUUCAGAGCAACAGGUUCUUUGUUAAACCAAAGACUUCGAAGGUAAUUGUCGGUAACUCCGGGAAUGGAUAUGAGGAUGGUCAAGGUACCGGUGGCAUCUCCAAGAAAGCAAACACGGAUAUACUUGAGCAUGACCGUAAACGUCAGAUUGAGUUGAAGCUUGUUAUUCUUGAAGAUAAGUUGACAGAUCAAGGAUAUACUAGUAGUGAGAUUACUGAGAAGCUGGCGGAAGCUAGACGGAACUUGGAAGAUGCGGCUGCUGAAGCUGGCCCUAUCUCUAUUACUGAUAAAAAGGUAUCUGAUACUCAGACUCAUCAGAUUGCUGCUAGGAAGGAGAAACAAUUAGAAGCAUUACGAUCUGCACUUAAGAUAACUGGCCAUGAAACUGAGGGGCACAGGAAGGUUAAUAAUCAAGAUUUGAAUGCCAUGGAGAACAAUGAUGAUCUACUAGAAGAUGACAUAUUGGACAAGGAAAAUACUGAGAAUUUUGAAGACAGCAAAGAUGAUAAAGACAAGAAAGAUGCUAGUGUAAGAAACAUGACUGGCGUGUUAAAAGGCCACAAAAGCAGGGAGUCGGGGAAAGAGGUGGAUGUUGAUUUAUCUGAUUCAGAGAGUGAUGAGAAACCCGCGACCAAAAAAACUGGCAUUCGUCAUAAAGAUACUCGAGGGAGUGACUCUGAGUAUGAAAGAGGUACUAAAGUAAGGCAUGAACCAUCAGCAACUCGUGGAAAAGGUAAAAGGCAUGAUAGCAGUGAUUCUGACGGAGAAAAUGAAAAGGAUCGUAGUAGGCAAGGGAAGAAACUUGCCAAAUUCGAAGAUGAGGCCAACAGGAUUGGAAAGAAAGGAAGACAACAAGACCAUGAUGAUGCAUCUUCAGAUGAGGAGGAAUAUGAGAAAAGUCGUAAGAGGCAUGGAAGGAAAAGAAGACACAGCAGUGAUGAUGAUUCUGGUAGAAAGAAUGAGAAAAAUACCGACAGACAUUACAAGAAAACAAAAGAAACUGACAAUUUAGAUUCCUCAGACAGUGAACAACAGCCAAGAAGGAAGAAAGAGAAGACCAGAAGACACGACAGCGAUGUAUCAGAUGCUGAAGAUCAGAGACGUGAAAAAACUGUCAAUAAUGAUGUCCAUGACAACAAAGGCAGGAAAAAUCUGGAGAACAGUAAUGGAGGAGGAUAUAAGAAGAAUAAUGUUGAAGUGGAUAAUACAUACCGCACAAAGGAUGGACUAUCAUGGGCACCGAGAAAGGAUCUAGUGGAAAAAUGGAAUUCAAGUAGAAGAGAUGCAAAAGUUGAAGAAGAGAAAAGGGGGAAAAGGCACAAAAGGGAGGAGGAAGAAGAAGUGUACAAUCAUAGCAGGUGGAAUGCUGGUGGGCAAGAUUAUUCACCCGAAAAAGAAAAAUCAAGUCAUGAACUGAGAAAUGUGGAGAAUAGUAAUAAAUCGUCUAGGCUGACGACCACAAAGGACGAAAUAUCUUGGGCAACUCGAAAGGAUCUUGAUGAGAAAAAGCAUUCAAGUAGAAGAGAUGAAGAAGGAAAUAAGGGUGGAAGAAGGCACAGAAAGGUUGAAGAAGAAGAAGAGCUACAUGAUCAUAGUAAUAGGUGGCUUGCUGUUGAUAACGCUGAAGAUGAUAAGAGGCAUUCAAGCAGAAGAAGAGAAGCAAAAGAUGAAGAAGAGAAUGGUAGCAGGGGAGGAAGGAAGCAUAAACGCGAGGAAGGAGAGAUGCAUGAUGAUAAAGAUGAUGAUCUGGGUAAGCGAAGAAGGGUUGAAGAAUCCGGAAUAAAAGAGAGGGAAAGAUAUAACGGUGAUAGCAACAACAAGCACGAUGAUGGCGGUCGCAGACAGAAUCGUCGCCACAGAGACUGAGUAUUUGGAAACGCCUGCUAAAAGAACUAUAUCAUAUCAGAGAAUGGGGUGGAUUAACGAAAGAAAUUUUCAGGUAAUGAACGAGUAAUGCUCGUUUUGUUUUACAUGUAAUGUUGUGUUGUUUGUUGGAUUUGGGGAUCUUUUUUUUAAAAGUUUGUUUGCAUAAACUCAAAUAUUAUUAUGAAUUGGCUAUGUCCAGACUUUUUUGUCU